CUCGUCACGUCACGGUUCCGCAGCGACCCGAUAGAGAUGCUGAGGUGACAGGCAGAAGGAGAAAAGGGACGACCACACUCAGACAUAUUUCACCCUUCGCUCGUUUAUUUCUAACCACCGCCGCCACCUUUUUUUUCUUCCAUGGGCGGUUUGCUCGCUAUGGGAUUCCGCUCAUUGUCGUUCCCGCCGCCUCCAAACGUAGAGGAUUUUUUGUAACCACACCCGGCUCUUCUUUGGAUCAAGGAUUGGCAGCAAAAGACCCGAGGGUUCUCCAUCAAGACCCAAAUGCCCGUCCCAGUCUGAGGCCUGCUGGUCGAGGGGGAAGCAGUGAGGACAGCGUCCCUGGUCCGCAGACGGGAUGAGCGGGGGAGUGGAGCAAGUUGACAUCCUAAGCGUGCUGUCCCUGGUCAAGGAACGAUGGAAAGUGGUGAAGAAGAUUGGGGGUGGCGGGUUUGGGGAGAUCUACGAGGCGGUGGACCUGCUGACGCGGGUCAGCGUGGCGCUGAAGGUGGAGUCUGCCCAGCAGCCCAAACAGGUGCUCAAGAUGGAGGUCGCCGUGCUCAAAAAGCUCCAGGGUAAAGACCACGUAUGUCGCUUUGUGGGAUGUGGCCGCAACGACCGCUUUAACUACGUGGUGAUGGAGCUUCAGGGUCGUAACCUGGCUGACCUGAGGAGGAGUAUGACCCGGGGAACCUUCAGCAUCAGCACCACCCUGCGUCUGGGACGGCAGAUCCUGGAGGCCAUAGAGAGCAUCCACUCUGUCGGCUUCCUGCAUCGUGACAUCAAACCGUCCAAUUUCGCGAUGGGCCGCUUCCCAAGUACCUGUCGAACCUGCUACAUGCUGGACUUUGGUUUAGCUCGUCAGUUCACCAACUCUUGCCAGGAGGUCCGACCUCCCCGUCCAGUGGCAGGGUUCAGGGGAACAGUCCGCUAUGCAUCUGUCAAUGCACACAAGAAUAAGGAGAUGGGUCGUCACGAUGAUCUGUGGUCUCUUUUCUACAUGCUGGUGGAGUUUCUGGUCGGUCAAUUGCCGUGGAGGAAGAUCAAGGACAAAGAACAUGUGGGGAAGCUGAAGGAUACUUACGACCAUCGUCUGAUGCUCAAACACCUGCCGGCAGAGUUUGGUGUGUUCUUGGAACACAUCUCCAGCCUCGACUACUUCACUAAGCCUGACUACCAGCUGCUGAUGUCAGUGUUUGACAACAGCAUGAAGACCUACAAUGUUGUGGAGAAUGACCCUUAUGACUGGGAGCGGACCGGCACUGAUGGCACUUUGACAAUCAGUGCCAGUGCAACAACACCGCAACACCACACCCGCCUCACUCCGGCACACAUGGGUAUGGCGAAUGCCUCCCUGAUCCCUGGCGACCUGCUGAGGGAAAACACAGACGAGGUUCUGCAGGACGAGCAGCUCAGCGACGUGGAGAACAACCCCGCUCCGGAGCGCCUGCCGGGCUCUCCCCUCCACCCGCACCGCAACCAGGAGGCUGAUGUCUGGGAGGAGCUGGACCGCAAUCGUAACCGCAUCAGGACGGCAGUCUGGAAGGCGGAGGAGGAACACAGCAACAACCAGGGCAACCACGGCCACCAGAGCCCCUAUGCUGGGCCAAGCCUGGGUUCUCCAGUCAAACUGCACUCUGAGGUGGUGGCUUCAGACCGUGAUGCCCCCCUACUGAGGAAGCUACGCAACAUUCACAGUUUUGAGCUGGAGAGGAGGCUUGGCCUAGAGUCCAAGCCCAGUCCAGAGUGCUUUCUGGAGGCCAGCUCAGGGAAGCAGCAGCAGCUUAGCACCCAGCACCAGGAGAAGGAGGCUGACAGGGCUGCAAUCAUCCCAGUCACUCAGGGUCCAGCUGUACCUGGCGGGGAGCGUCCUGACAGGAUCUGGCACUAUGAUGAGGAGUUCUUGUCUGGUGGUGGUUCUCCCAAGCCAGCAUCCUGUGGAUCUCUGGAGCAGGGAGAGGGGGCAGCCAGCUGCAGGGGCUUUGUGGCCCUCAAUCUGAGCUCUGGGAGGCAGGACAUUGAUUCAAGGGAGUGGGUGAUGGUGGAUCCGCCCAGUGGCUCUCCAGGAGCCAAGGCUACCACCAGCCCCUCGGAGGAGGAUGAAGAGCCAGAGGUGCUCCAGCCAGGGGAUCAGUCUCCUGGAUGGGAAAAGGGCAAUCCAAGCCCUCACUCUGGCAAAGCUCAACAAGAAAGCAUGGCUUCCUCCAAGGGAAGUGCAAAAGUGGACAAGUUGGAGCUUAGCGUGGGCCCUGGAGGGGCUCUGCCCCCCGUCACUCCAACCAGCCCAGCGGAAGCUCUGGCUGAGGGAGUACUCACUCAGCUCCCCACCUCUCCUCCGUCCCUGCCUGAGGAGGUGGUAAUCCGGACAUCCAGCCCCAUCCCUCUGCGCUCUCCCAGCCCUCACACACUCCUGACCACCUUGUCGGACCCGUUGCACCUGCGCCAGCCGCCGGGCAUGAGGCGCAGCCUGUCGGCCGACCAGCAUCAGCAGGAGCGCCCCUCCUCAUCCUCCUCCUGCCACGCCUCCUUACCGCUGCCACCAAACCCUGCCCCCGGCACCCGCUCACCCAGUCGCAGGAAACUGCCGGCCAUCCCGGCUGGUGCUGCAAACGCCAAGUUUCCCUCUGUCAUACGCAUCACUCGUGCCCAGCUCCAGCAGUUGACAGCUCAGCGUCCCUCUGGGCUGUCCUCCCAGUUAGGAUCGGACAGUGCUCCACAGUGCCUCCUGCUGGAGAGGCGUGGUGAAGCUGAAGCUGAGUCUCAGCAGGUCCAGGAGCACACAGAGGACAUCAGCUCCCCCCAGGACAAUGUGCCCACCCAUCCAGGGACACCCACAGACCCCCUGGCUGAGAUGCUGGUCAAUGGAGACAUCCACAUCAAAGCUCAAAGCCCUGCGCCAAACCGCGUGUCUUCCCCACGCUCGCCCCGUUCUCCACACACGCCUCCUUGGCGCUCGCCUUCCUCCCCAUGCUCUCCUGGCUCUCCACGCUCUCCUGGCUCUCCACGCUCUCCACGCUCUCCUCGCAGCCCUGUGUUUGCCAAUGGCCACCUCUCCCCUCCUGUUUACAGCCAAAGGGAUUUAACUAAUGGAGCAUUCCCCAAGCUGAAAGACCCUGAAAAUGAUUCUGGCCCGACUCCCUGUGCCACACAGCCUCAGCUGAGGGGGGAAGGGAGCAGAGCAGUAGACCACGCCCCAGAUCAGACCAAUGGACCAGCCUCCUCGUCCCCGGCUGCCCCUCGUAAGGACCCUAGCCGGAGGCAAAGUCGCAUCCCAGUCCUGGAGCCCUCCAGCCUGCUGGAGCUCCCGCCUGCAGGGUCUGCUAAGGAGAAACUCCUGCAGAAGAAAGCUAACCACCAGGGCCCGGUCCCCUCUCCCACUGCCUCACCGUCCCUCUCUGAUAGGCGUGGCCCCAUGGUGGCCUCCCUUGCUAGGGACCCACUGUCCUCCACCUCUGACCGUUCUCAGGACGAGGACUCUCUUAUGGGCUCCCGUUCUGACCGCCAGGGAGAUGAUGCUCCUUCCCUCUCCUCCUCAUCCAGCCCUCUGUCCCGCAAGAGCAGGAUCCCCCGUCCUGUUCAUUCAGCUUCUUCCGCUGAGCAGCUGGCUGCCCAAUUCCUGCCGCGCCCGCCCCCUGGAAAGCCACCUUGCCGCCCCACAGCGGAGGGCAGGCUUAGGCGUUACCGCAUCCGAGCUGGCAGCAACAGUGACUCAGACCUCUUGACAUGCCUUGCUCAGCUAAUGCAUGGUUCCCGUGGCUCCCCCCUUCACCAUCGCUCCGCAGCCCAGCACGGGGGCUCCAGGAUGGGCAUCUGCAGCCUGACAAGCUCUCCCCACCACCACCGCAGCUCCAGCGCCUCCCCGCGUAGCUCUUCCUCCCUGCAGCGCUCCGUCAGCUCCUCGCCCUCCCGCCACGAGCACCGUGGCGGUGGGGGAGGGGGUUGCCUAGGCCGCAGCCGCUCGCCUCCGAGCUUCUCUGGCUCGUCGCCUCCCCGCCGCUUUUACACUCACCACCAGGAGACGUGCUGCAGCCGCCAAGCUCGCACGGUCCCCUUCCACCUGUCCAGGGGGAAAAGCUGUAGCCGAGAGGGCAAGUGCUCCAGCAAGCUGAGCAGAUAGUUGCCCACCAGGUUGCGCUGCAAUAGCAGAGGAUGGGAAGAUUCUUAUCAUGAAAGGGUAGACCGCUGUCAGGAUAAAAGCCUGAGUCUUCCUGUAAAAGUUUCUCUUUUUUCGCCGUCAGUCUGAAACUUGUCUCGCUGUUUCCCCCUGUUCUCUUCACUCCUUCGAUUUGCACACAGGGUUUGACAUUCAUUUAUGUGCCUAGCUUUAAAGGGGUACUCCAAAGAUUUAGUAUUGCAUUUCCAUAAAGUUGUUGGACUAAGAGACUUGAGAU